UGGAUGAAAUAUGCGGCGAAAGUCACUUUUCCAUAUACAUCGCUGAUCGCUCUCCCUUCCCCUUUCUUCUCAGUCAAAACCCGGCCUUGUUUUACAGAAUCUUCGCCUUCUUCUUCAUCGUCAUCCCUUUAUCUUUCCGCGGAGUAUAAUUCUAUAUAUAUAUUAGCAAUCUCAUCUUAACUAAUCUUCCAUCUUUUCUGUUCUAUAUGCGAUUUUGGCUUAAAUUUAUACACACAGAAGAUCUUACCUGACAGACUGAACAAUCUGGAAAUGGAUUUUAUUUCACCUUUAGACUCCAGGCCCCCUGUCGUUCUCCGAACGAUCACUGAGUUUCUCCGUGAAAUCUCAAUGAUCGGAAACGUUUCAGAGAAAGUGGAGAGAAUUGAUGAUCGUGUGAGGAGGCUUGAAGACGAGAUGCGGAAGAUCGAUGCCUUCAAACGCGAGCUACCGCUUUGCAUGGUCCUUCUCAAUGAUGUGAUUAUAGUUUUGAAAGAGGAAUCGAAGAAGUGUAGAAAGUCAUUGGUUGAACCAGUAUUCGAAGAAUUUCUUCCACUGAAAAAGAGCUCUGGUGAUGAUGACCUUGACCGUCAUUACAAGGUUGAGACUAAUAAAGAGGACACUAAAGAAAAGAUAAAUUGGGUGAGUUCUUUGCAGCUCUGGAGUAGUGAUAGCGGUUGCAGCCAUUCUGACCGUAGCAAUAACAAACACAGCUUAGAAUAUGAUCUCAGAAUGAGUGCUGAGGGAGAGGGAAAUAGCUCGGUGGCUAAUGAUUUUCCUAUGUCCUUCAAAAGGAGAAAUAUAAACAAGGCAUUUGUGCCUUUCAAGGGGUGUUCUGGUUUUCCAGUGAAAGUAGUGAGAAAGGAUCACCAGGAAGAAUUACCAGGAGAACCCGGGCUUUCUCUUAGUACUCCUGGAAUUACGAAUCGAAGGGAAGAUAUGGUAAUUGGCGAUUUCAGUUCAAAACCAAGCAGAGUGGUGCCUUCCAGUGCUUCAAGUACUGUAACAAAUAUAAAAGCCAGGGCACAGCCUCAGCAGCAGACAUCUAGGAAGCAAAGAAGGUGCUGGUCUCCGGAUUUGCAUAAACGAUUUAUCAAUGCCCUGCAACAGCUUGGUGGUCCACAAGUUGCUACUCCUAAGCAGAUUAGAGAGCUUAUGCAAGUAGAAGGUCUAACCAAUGAUGAAGUGAAGAGUCAUUUGCAAAAAUAUCGGCUCCAUACACGACGAAUCCCAACCACACAAUCCUCCCCUGCAAAUAAAUCCAUUGUUGUAUUAGGUAAUUUGUUUCCGGUUGACGAGUAUGGUGAAUCCUCAAAGCAGAGUAGUUCCCAGUCUGGUUCUCCUCAGGGUACCCUUCAGUUAGCGGCAAGCUCUCGAGGAACAUCCAUGACUGGAAGCGAUAGCAUGGAAGAAGAUGGCGAUGACAGAUCCGAGUAAUGGACUGACAGCAGAAGAAACCUUAAAAUUUAUGUAUAGAUGUCCACCAUGAGUUUUGCAGAUAAAGUUAUCCAUGGGGGAUUGAUUGCUCGCUAUAUAUUCAACAUCAUACAUAUAUAAACGGAUCAUGAGUGCUGUGAAAUUUUGCAGGAUUAGAUUUCUUUGUAUUUGUGCUGAUGAAUCCAGUUCCCGGUUCUUUUGUUGUUUUGAUUGAUUUAAGGAACUUGCAAUAAAAGUACAUCACAACAGAAUGCCUUUCCUUUGAAGAACAA